AUGGGCUGCGUGACUACAACUCCCAGAAGGCAACGCUCUGCACACGCGCCCUUCCGCCCUGCGCGGGGCCCUCUGGGAGUUGUAGUGCUCUCGGAGCGCAGCUGGCUGGUCAGGUGCGGGAGAGGGGGCGCUCGAGUCCGUGCUCUGGAAGCCGUUAGCGGGCAGCCCGCCGCGCUGCGGAACGGCGGCGGCGGCGGCGGCGGCUGCGAUAGCCGUCGCCGCCGGGAGCCAGGAGCCCUUCGACAGUUGCGCGUGCGGAGCGCGGGCGAUGAGGCCACGAGUCCGGACCGCGGCGCGGCGGUGGUGACCGCGGAGAAGCCCGGCGGCCGGUCAGCCAGCUCCCCCCGCCCCGUGCCCGCUAGAGCCCGGGGCCGGCGGCAGAGGCGCGCCCCGCACCGGCGGCGGCGUGGUCGUCAGCGGGCCCGGAGGCGGCGGCGCUGGGGGUGGCCGUGGGGGUGGCGGGGCCGCUCUCCCGGCCUCAGCGCGCAGCCCGGCGUGCAGGUGUCGGCCGGCGAGCGGGGCGUGGACGCCGCGCCUCCGGGGCCUCGAGCCCGCGGGGCGCGGCACCGGCGGCGGCGGUCCAAGGAGUUGGAGAACGUGGUGGCCAACGCGCUGCUGCUGAAAGCGCGCCUAGGAGGACACGACAAAAAGAGUGGGCGCAGUAAACACUGGAGGGAGCUGCUGAAGCUGCCCCCCGUCAGCCAGUGCAGCGAGCUCAGGCACAGCAUCGAAAAGGACUACAGCAGCCUGUGCGACAAGCAGCCCAUAGGCAGGCUCCUCUUCCGGCAGUUCUGCGGCACGCGGCCGGACCUGCGGAGGUGCAUCGAGUUCCUGGACGCGGUGGCGGAGUACGAGGUCGCCGCCGACGAGUCCCAGAGAGACUGCGGGCUGCUGGUCCUGGACACGUUCUUCAGUGACGAGGACUUGGCCGCCCCGCUGCCUCAGGUGCCCCCCGACACAGUGAGAGAGUGCCAGCUGCAGCUGAAGGAGACGCCCUCCAGGGAGGUCUUUGGGGAGUGCGCCAGGGUUGUCCACAGCUACUUAAGUGGAAAGCCGUUCGAAGAAUACCAGGAGAGCCCGUAUUUCUCUCGAUUCCUGCAGUGGAAGUGGCUGGAAAGGCAACCAGUGACAAAGAAAACGUUCAGACAGUACAGAGUCCUGGGGAAGGGCGGGUUUGGAGAGGUCUGUGCCUGCCAAGUGAGAGCCACGGGGAAGAUGUACGCCUGCAAGAAGCUGGAAAAGAAGAGGAUCAAGAGGAGGAGGGGCGAGGCCAUGGCGCUGAACGAGAAGAGGAUCCUGCAGAAGGUGCAGAGCCGGUUCGUCGUGAGCCUCUGCUACACGUACCAGACCAAGGACUGCCUGUGCCUGGUGCUCACGCUCAUGAACGGCGGGGACCUGCGGUUCCACAUCUGCAACCUGGGCGGGCCCGGCCUGGACGAGCGGCGGGCGGUGUUCUACGCGGCGGAGCUGUGCUGCGGCCUGGAGGACCUGCACAGGGAGCGCAUCGUGUACAGGGACUUAAAGCCUGAGAACAUCCUGCUCGACGACUCUGGACACAUCCGGAUUUCCGAUCUCGGGUUGGCCUUGGAGAUCCCGGAAGGGGAGAUGGUUCGAGGAAGAGUCGGCACGGUCGGCUACAUGGCUCCUGAAGUCGUCGACAAUGAAAACUACACGUUCAGCCCUGACUGGUGGGGACUUGGCUGUCUGAUGUAUGAAAUGAUUCAGGGACACUCUCCGUUCAGAAAGUUCAAAGAGAAAGUCCAGCGGGAUGAGGUGGACCGGCGCGUGAAGAAGGACACCGAGGAGUAUUCCGAGAGGUUUUCGGAGGACGCCAAGUCCAUCUGCAGGAUGUUACUCACCAAGAAUCCCAAGCAGCGCCUGGGCUGCAAGGGUGAUGGUGCAGCUGGAGUGAAACAGCACCCCGUGUUCAAGGACAUCAACUUCAAGAGGCUGGAAGCGCACAUGGUGGAGCCCCCGUUCUGCCCCGACCCACACGCGAUUUACUGUAAGGACAUCCUGGACAUCCGGCAGUUCUCUACCGUGAAAGGCGUCUACCUGGACAGCUCCGACCAAGCCUUCUACAGCCAGUUUGUUACGGGGUGUGUCUCCAUCCCCUGGCAGAAUGAGAUGAUUGAGUCUGAAUGUUUCAAGGACAUCGACGAAAGUGAAAAUGAAGAAACUGAGUCAUUCAAUCUAGAAGACAGAACCUGUCGGCCAGCUUCCAAGCGAAAGAGAGGCUUGUACAGAUUCUUCAGGAACACGGGCUGCAUUCACUAGCCCUGGAGCUGGUGAGAAGGCGGAGCUGCCCGCAGGACUGUGAUGCUCACCGCGCAGAGCCUGACCCCAAAGCUCAGGAGCUUUGGACUCAGUAACCAUCCUUCCUGUGGAUUGCAGUAAACAGGUGUGACACAUCUUCAGCCGUGCCUGUGAGUCUGCACAUUGUUUUACAUUAGUAGCUGAACUGUCUUUUUACUGGAGCUGGACUGAAGGAAAAAAUCGCCCCGGGACUGCUGCGAUGUCUAGAAACCCCCAGGUGUGGACACCUUGUGGUGAUGCUUGAGCUUCAUAUGUGCCCACGGAGCUCGGAAGAGGGGGCUCGAGCACCAGCCCCACAGUGUCUGGAGCCAGGGUCCCGUUUCUUACACACCCUGACUUGGACAGCGAGCUACAGACAGCCAAGGGCGGAGACGAUCAUAAAAGCGGCCAGAGGAGCAACAUUCCAAGGAGCAAGAACUGACUGUGGACAGCAGGAGUCGGGCAGACAGUGGGGUCCAAGUCUCCCAUGUGCUCACAGGGGUUACCUGCCAACCUUGAAUCCUGUACCCAACCAAAAGUCUAUUAAGAAUGAAGACAAAACAAUGACAUUUUCAGAUGAGCUGAAACUGAGAUUUUAGCAAUGGAAGAUCCACUGUAAGAGAAAUUCUAAAGGGUGUUUUCCAGGCAGAAAAAAUGGUCCCAGAAGGAAGAUAGCAGAGGCAGGAAGUAAUGAAGAAGAAUAAAAAUGGUAAAUAUGAGGGUCAAGUUAAGUAAAUAUUGACGGCUGAAAACAACAAUUACUGUGUCUAUGUCUUUUGCAACGUGUGUGUAUUUGAUGGGUGGGGUGCCACCGAAGUGCCCUCAGGGACUGCCGGUCCAGUCCUUUGUCCCUCCCGGCUCUGCUUCGCGCUUCCUUCUUUCUCUGGCUAAGGCCUCGCCUGCAGACUCCCUCCGGGUCUUGCAUUCAGGCAGAUGCCACUGCCCAGCUGGCAUCCGUUUUCUGCAUUCCCACCUGCAUUUGCUCCAGGGCAGGGUCAGUCGUAAGUGUGUUGUAAGGUUUUUAUUUUUAGCUCCCACAGAAACCUAUUCUUUUAUGUUCCCGCCGCCCGGAAAAUUUGAAAGCUGCAGAAAAGCACAGAUUGAGAUAUAAAAUCACUGAGUAGCCCUGCCCACCGAGAGCCAGUUAGGAAUCUGGUGACCAGGUCCCUCUUCCACGUGUGCUGGGAGCCUUCUCCUGAGCCACGAGCGCUCUUCCCAAAACGACUGUCCAGCAUUUACGUUGUUCCCACAUUUUUGUGCUCAGCGUUGCUGUGUAGGGACCGUCCUUACACACACACAAUUGCUCUCCGAGAAUGAAUGACAAGAAGUGUCUCUGCCGUGCAGGGACUGUGCCCCUGGUGGUGGCGAUGCCGUACCAGAUUGCCCAACCAGCUGUGCCAGUCUCGGCUCUGUUUUCUGGACGAUGCCAAGUUUUUCUCUGUGCUUAAAAAAUCUGCCUUCUUGACUGUUCCUUUCUCUAAGGCUUCUUAUAACACUUCUUGUCAGGAUCACAGUAAGUUCUAGGUGACUCUCUGCCAUGGCUGAAAGAGCCACGAUCUGCUGUGGUGAGGUCUCAGUGACCCCUGACCUCUCUGGAGCAUACAGACAGAAUAAUCCAAAGCAACAGUGUUUUAAACAAAAUAGAAUUAUAUUCCUCCCUGAUUUCCAUGAGACGGGCAGGCCAGGCUGGCCUGGCUUCACCCAGUCGCCUGGACCCCAGUUCCUUGCAGCUCCACCGUCCCAGGAUGUGAUAUUCAUCCUCGUGCUCAAGUGCCAGCCAAGAUACCCCACCUUCAGGCAGCAGGACACUCUCUAGGACUAACACGCAUCAUCACUUCUGCUCACAGCUCAUUGGCUAGAAUGUAUCUAGUCACGUGGCUACUGUCCACUAAAAGGGACGAUGGGCGAUGUAUUGUAACUAAGUGGAAAAGUGCCCAGAUAAAAACCAAGGUGCUGGUACUGAAGGUCAGGAAAGCGUCCCAUCAAAGUUCACGCUGAGUGCUCACCCCUGACGCUCCAGCACGUGACUGUGCUUGGAGAUGGUAAAAUGAGGUCGUGUGGGUGGGUCCUGAGCCAACGUGCCUGCUGUCCUCAGAGGGAGAGGGGUUAGGACGGGCACGCACCGCGGAAGACCACGGGAGGACACGGGGAGAAGAAGGCCGUCUGCACACCAAGGAGAGCGGCCUCAGGAGGAGGAACAGCCCUGCCCACACCCUGAUCGUGGACUGCAGCCCACAGGGCUGGGAGAGGUAGGCCCCCGCGGCUGAGCCCUGUGGGCUGUGGUGCCUUGUACGGCAGCCCUGGUGAACGGACACACUCACCCACUGUUGUGUGAGCAGCUGCACUGCGGUUUCAUGGCACGUCCUCAGGGUCUCACCCAGUUGCCGUGGGUUGGGGACCCGGGCACGGCUCAGCGGGUCCUCCACUUCCCAGUCUCCCAAAAGCCCAGUUAAGCACCCGCUGCCUCUCAUCUGAAAGCUCUAUGGGGCAAGAUCCGCUUCCCAGCUCACGUGGUUCUUCCGGGGCUGCUGGACGGGAAGUCUCCACUUCUCACUGCCUGCCGGCCACGGGGGCCUCUCUCAUGGCAGCUGGCUCCACGAACGUGCGCAAGCCCAGGGGAAACAGAGCCGGCAGGGUGGGAGCCUCAGUCUUUCGUGACCUGGUCCCAGGACACCA